AUUAUUUAAAGAAAAGUGUACCUCAGUUAAUUUAUUGGGAAACAGAAAUGAAUUUUUAACAAUUGCAAGAAGACCAAAAUGGGAUAACAAAAUGACAAUUCAAGAAUUUAAAAUUUAUGAAAAAAAAGAAUUUUUAGAAUGGAAAAAAAAACUAUCUGUAUUAGAAGAGUUACAUAGUUAUGUAAUAACACCUUAUGAAACAAAUAUAGAACGUUGGAGGCAAUUAUGGAGAGUAAUUGAACAUAGUGAUGUUAUUGUUCAAAUUGUUGAUGCUCGUAAUCCUUUAUUAUUUCGUUGUACAGAUCUAGAACAAUAUGUUAAAGAAGUAAAUCAUAAUAAACUACUUCAGCUGUAAAGAACAAUGGUAUUGAAUGUAGUCAAUAUGCAGAAUAUAGUUCUGAAGAAAAAAAUAACAC